UUGUAUUCCAACAUUUUUUGACAAUGUCAUGAGUAUAUGCAUCGUCCUUGAAAGACCUCCUGAAAUUUAAAGAAAAAUAAUCAUUUGAAGUGAUGCAUAUACUUUUACAUCAAAUAUCUGGAUAAAUAAUAAAUAAACAUUUUUAAAUGCUACACUUGAUACUUAAAUCCAAAAAGGCUCAGGAAACUUCUCUAAAUGUUGUAAGACUACCUGGAAGACCAUGGUUAACAUAAACAAGAUUUAUGCAAAACUUAAUUUGGAUAAUAGACAGAACCAACACAUUAUUUUGCAUUUGAGUUGACCAAUUUGCUUGCUGGUUUCUUGUCCACCUCAAAGCUAAAUCGCUAUCACAAUCUUGUGGUCAGCCUCUGCUGCAGAAUGUGUUCACAUAUAUGGUUUAGUUAUGUUCACUAACACUUAACAAACAACUGCUUGUACCUGCAAACGAACAGAAAAGGAAAAUUUGCAAUUAGUUCUCUUAGUUUCUUUGUGUUGAUAUUUUGGGCUCCGAACUUCCUUUGUCUUUUGCUCCAGAUUGCCCCCUUUUUAAGUAUGAUAGAAUAUGUAUGACUCCCGUUUGAAGUAUGAUAGGAUAUGUUUCAUUGUAAGCUGGAAUGUGCUGGUUAUGUUCGUAUUUGGGGAUUGGUUUAUUUGCUGCUGUUUGUGAUUUACUGCACUUGCCGCUUGCUCUCUUGUUUUGUGCUCGCGGAGUGAGUUGCCGUGUUGGUCAAAUUGCAUAUCAAGACUGUUGUUCUCUGCAUUUUGAACAGUGCCGUUCAAACCUGCUUCCAAUCCUGUGUCUCUACAACAAGUCAACCACUCUUCAUUAGAUAUUUUAUGUACUUAUUGAUGAUGUAGAGGCAAUGAAAUAUUAGAUUUCAAAUUGAAGCUGGCCAAUACGUUUAGGCAGCAAAAUUCUCAGUUUGGAAAUUGUCUCUGCGGGUUGAUGUCUCUUCAUGAAUUUCAUGCUGAAUACCAAAUCCAAAACGAGGCUUUAGAAAUAAGAUGCCCUCUUAAUGUCUGAAGUCAGGAGCAUUGGCCACCGUGUCAGCACAUCGAGUUUCUUUCUUUUUUUUCCCUACAAGAGGUGUCAGAACACACUGAGUUAGGUGAAUAUGAAUUGCUACCUGGCAUCCUGCUGCUUACUUUUAUGCCAGUGUCACCUGGAACGGAGCCAUGCAUGCAAGAUCUCUGCCAAUAUCGAAAGCGGAUGCACGGGCAUGCGUAGCCUGGGGUCUGUAGAGUACAAUGGCUGUCGCACGAAUGCAAUUUCGCAGCAGCAGCCAACAGGCAGGAGAGAGAAGGGCACUGUAGGUACGGAACCGGUUUUAAGGAACUCCACGCAUGUGUAGCAUCGGCGUAACCAAACUGAAGGUGAUGUGCGUCGUAGACGGUACUGAUGCCUUGAUGUGAAGUUUGGAACAAGUAAGAAGAUCACCAGACCCAUGUUAAUAGAUGUGACCUGCAUGCAUUCUCCUUGCAGAUUGGAGAGAGAAACUGCAUGCAAAUGUGCCAGUGUUCACUCGCGGGUCGCGUCUAGGAUCCGUCCAUCGGGUACUCAAUGCUGGACAUGUUGCUACUUCACAUCAGUUGGUCGAUGCGCCACCCUGGAUCGAACUAAAACUAGCUAGAUUCGUUUUGUGGUCGCUGUAGUGUUUGAUAAUGCAAGGAGGGAGUAGGGCACAUUUCUAGGUCCGGCAGACAAGCCAGCAACCCUCCCUGCUGCCUUGUGGGAUCGUGGCAGAUAAAGAUUUGUGUAUCUCCUUCCACGACGGAGAUCAAAUACUGCUAUUUAACUUGGGAUAUGUACCUCAGUAUGCUAGUACUAUAUGCCAAGAUAAAUGGGUGAGGGCAGGGGCCAGUGAAAACUGCCUAGCAAGCUCGUGCUGGCACAUGCAGCAGUGGAGACCGCAGAUCGUCGGCUCCGACCAUCAGUCAUGUGGCCGCUGGUGCUAUGCCGUGGAGUUGAUUAAGGUUACAUGUCAUGUCCGCCUCUGUCCUUGCAACAAUUUUCAGACAAUGAUGGAACAGCUAUCGUUUUGGAUCGUCCGUUUCCAUGGCCUGCGUGCACUGUGGUGAUCCUAUGCACUCGGUCUUCAGGCGUGACGCAUCCAGUCAGCCAUCGACCAUCCAACCUCGAACCCAAAGCCUCCAAUGGUCUGACCCAAUAGGGGAAAUAUAACUGCGUAUGCUCUCACGCACGUACGGUAAAUUCUGGGUUAGGUCGUCGGAACGGGGUAGCAACAACGGUAAAUUCUGGGUUAUAAACGUUGUUUUGCUGGGGAUCCGUUGCCAUAAACGCCUUCCUGCUGCUGGGCUACACGCGCACAGAGAGAUCAGAGAUGCGCCCCCAUCACACCCCACCCCCACGUGCCCAGCCUGAUGGAGCGAGCAGGACAAAAAGAAACAGGAGGAAGUGGCGCUAAAAUAAGGCACGCGCAGCGCGAGCCGAGCAGAGCACCACGCCACCCCUGCCUGGCUGCCUCCUCCUCUCUCCCCUCCCCUGCCUCCUCCUCCUCUCUCAGCUCUCCCCUCCUCUCUCUGUCCUCCUCCUCGUCUCCACGUUCGCACAUGCUCUUGCGGCGGAGAGCAGACCGCUUUGCCGAAGAGAGAGCUAGCUAGCUCAGCAAGUCGAGAGCAAGCGGCGGCAGUGAUGUGGGGAGUCGUCGCUUAGCCAAGAUCCAUCCAACUGCGCGGAGAACGUACAGGUUGAGGUGGCAGAGAAGCUUUAAUUUAGAAUGGAGGAUAAGGCAGCGGACGCAGUGGCAGUGGCGGUUGCGGCGGCGGUAGCGACGGAUCAGGACGGCGCGGUGUACUGCAGCGAGCACCCCUACCCGCCCGGAGCGGCCGCGGCGGCUGGGGCGGGCACCGGCGGCAUCUGCGCCUUCUGCCUGCAGGAGAAGCUCGGCAUGCUGGUCUCGUCGUCCAAGUCCAGCCCCUUCCACCCGCCGCCGCCACCGGUCUCCGCGUCGCCGUCCUCGCCGCCGUCCAACGGCGCCACCUCUGGCUCUGAGCCGCCGCUGCCUCUUCAUCCUUCGGCGGCCGCCUCGCGCAAGGUGAUGUCGUCGCAGAAGACGAAGACAUCGUCCUCGUCGGCCGCUCCAGCGGCGGGCGGGCUCAAGAGGAGCAAGUCGGUGGCGCCGCGGCCGGAUGAGCCACUGCCGCCGGCGUCCGCUCCGUCCGCGAUCACCGCGGACAGCCCACGCAAGAAGAGCUUCUGGUCAUUCCUCCACCUCUCCUCGUCUUCCAGCAGCCACAAGAGCGCGUCCUCGACUUUGGCCAACGGCGGCGGCGGCGCAGCGGUGGCGAGGAGGAACUCCGUGUCGGUGGCGUCGGCGUCGUCGGCGUCGCUUGGGGGGCGGCUGGAGGCGAUCGUGGAGCCGGAGAGCCCGGGUCGCCGGAGCGAGGGAUCCUCGUCGUCGUCAUUCGGGAGGAAGGUGGCGCGGUCGCGCUCCGUGGGGUGCGGCAGUCGCAGCUUCUCGGGGGACUUCCUGGAGCGCCUCUCAACCGGCUUCGGCGACUGCGCGCUCCGGCGCGUCGAGUCCCACCGCGAGCCCAAGCCCAAAGCGGGCGCGCUCGACCACCUGGGCGUCGCGGACGGCAACGACGAGGAGCACGAGCACGGACAGCACCACCGGAUCAAGUGCGCCGGGUUCUUCGGCGGCCUAGGCACCGCGCCCCCGCCCUCGUCCUCCUACUGGCUCUCCGCGCCCGACGGCAGUAGCGGCAGCACGAGGGUGCCCUCCGGCGCGCGGAGCCACCGGAGCUGGGCCUGGGCGCUGGCGAGCCCCAUGAGGGUGCUGAGGCCGACGAGCUCCACGUCCAGCAAGAGCAUCAUGGCCACGCCCCACAGCCGCGUGCACGGCAACAACGGCAACGGCGGCAUGCCGUCGAUGGCGGCGGUGGCGACGAGCUAGCUUCAUGGGUUGCAGCUGCGUGAUCGAACAAUGGCCGGUGAAUCAUGCAUCCCUCGAUCUUCUUGAACUAUACUACUACACAAGUCUCUCCCUCUUUCUUAGUGUUCUUGCGCCCAUGUCUCCUCAAGAACCUGCUCCUAAGUUGAAAUGUUACUGUGGAUCUAGCUAUAGCUGCAUUUGCAUUUGGGACUCUUGUCUUCGGUUGGCCAAGAACCUGUGAAAUUUGUCGAUCUGUUUAAUUUAAUUUCAUAUUGUUGGCUAUUCA